AUGAAAGAGGGUAAUAUCGACGAGCGGCGUCCGGAUUUGGUGCAUUUGGCGAAGAAUCCGGGAACUCGAGCGUGCAGUCUUGGACUAGAUGUGAUGCGCAAUCAGCAAUCGCAAUUUCCUUAUUUGCACCUUCAUCAUCCACGAAUCCGACGACUUUUGCACCGCCACCUUGCUCUGCCGCUUCUACCACUACUUCUCACAGCAAUCCUCCACAGGACGGCGGCUACUGUCCAUGUGAGCCUGUCCCCGGAGGAUAUUGUUGCCGAAUUUAUCAAUCCAAAUGUCCACAACGAAAACCUUCCUUUCGAAAAAAUGGUUAUCGAUCCAUCCACAGGCCGUCUGUACGUUGGCGGCGUGAACAAUCUCUACGACUUAAAUCAUCCACACCUUAGUGUCAAAGCUCACGCUACCACAGGCCCUGAAGAAGACUCUGUUGAAUGUCCAAGUGAUGUUCUUUAUGUAGCAUCAACAUAUGUUCAAAAUGGUGGUCCAUUUCGGGAUGAUGUUCCGGCGGUUGCAUCCCUGUCGCUUGACCAAAAUCGUCUUUUCGAUGUCUCAGCGCGGGGAGUUGGCACCGGAACGGAGAUCAAGAUGGAGAGGAGCGUUGAGGAUGAUGUUCUCUACGGAGUUUUCGUAAAGGGUUGGGAUGUCGAGGAAACGAUACCAUCAUCACAGAGCGCGCUUUGUGUGUACUCAAUGGCCACGGUGGAAAAAAUUUUCCUGGAAAACAUCGAGCUGUGUUUCAAAGGUGAAACCAGUAAGAAUCUACCGUGGUUCAGAUCGACGGAUCAGUGUGUAAAAACGAAAUAUGCUGGGCAGGAGGUGCUGUGCGGUAAGGAUGUAAAUAAUCAUAUUGGCGGUGAAAUACCGGUGAAAGCAAAUGCAGCUUUGGUUACACGUGACGCACAGUUUUCUGCCGUGGCUACAAAUACAACACGUGCCUAUACAAUCGCAUUCAUUGGGACACACGAUGGACGACUUCUUAAAGUACUUUAG